AUCAGUGUGACAAACAACGAUUCGCCCACUGAGAUGUAAUUUUCUUUUUUCUUCAAAAAAUAAGUUUGUGUAGUGAAUUUCUGUGAUUUGCAAACGCAUUUUCACAUAUUUGGUUGUUUCAUAAAGAAAUAAAUAAAGAUGACAUCAUCAAAUACAUUGCAAAAGGCUAUCGACCUUGUAACGAAAGCAACAGAGGAAGACAAAAAUAAGAAUUAUGAAGAAGCUUUGCGGUUGUAUGAACACGGCGUGGAAUACUUUUUACAUGCUGUCAAAUAUGAGGCCCAAGGGGAGAGAGCUAAAGAGAGCAUUCGGGCAAAGUGUUUACAAUAUUUGGACAGAGCUGAGAAACUGAAAGAAUACCUCAAGAAGGACAAGAAGAAGAAACCAGUUAAGGAUGGAGAGUCUAAUUCGAAGAGUGAAGAUAAAAAAAGUGACAGUGACAGCGAUUCUGAUGACCCAGAGAAGAAGAAAUUGCAAGGGAAGCUGGAAGGUGCUAUUGUGGUGGAAAAACCUCAUGUUAAGUGGAGUGAUGUUGCUGGGUUAGAGGCUGCCAAAGAAGCGUUGAAAGAAGCUGUUAUCUUACCCAUUAAGUUCCCUCACUUGUUCACUGGCAAACGUAUACCCUGGAAGGGAAUUCUGCUAUUCGGACCGCCUGGUACUGGUAAAUCAUACUUAGCAAAAGCAGUAGCUACUGAAGCUAAUAAUUCUACUUUCUUCUCAGUGUCUUCAUCUGAUCUUGUGUCCAAAUGGCUUGGCGAGUCUGAGAAACUGGUGAAAAACUUGUUCGAAAUGGCUCGUCACCACAAGCCAAGUAUCAUCUUCAUUGAUGAAGUUGAUUCCCUCUGCUCUUCCCGAUCAGAUAAUGAGUCUGAAUCUGCCAGAAGAAUCAAAACUGAGUUUCUUGUACAAAUGCAGGGUGUAGGAAAUGACAUGGAUGGUGUUUUGGUGCUUGGAGCCACCAACAUACCGUGGGUCCUUGAUGCUGCUAUUAGGAGACGAUUUGAGAAGCGUAUUUACAUUGCAUUGCCCGAAGAACAUGCUCGGCUGGAUAUGUUCAAAUUACAUUUAGGUAACACACGUCACCAGUUGACGGAGCAGGAUUUAAAAGUAUUGGCUGCAAAAACAGAAGGAUAUUCUGGUGCUGAUAUAAGUAUUGUUGUCCGUGAUGCAUUGAUGCAACCUGUCCGUAAGGUACAGUCCGCAACCCACUUCAAGAAGAUUACUGGGCCUAGCCCCACUGAUCCUGAUGUGAUUGUCAAUGAUCUUCUGACUCCCUGCUCACCCGGAGAUCCAGGAGCUAUUGAAAUGACCUGGAUGGAAGUUCCAAGCGACAAAUUAGGAGAACCACCUGUCACUGUGUCUGACGUGAUGCGAUCAUUGGCAACAUCUAAGCCAACUGUUAAUGACGAAGAUAUGAUAAAGCUCAGGAAGUUCAUGGAUGAUUUCGGUCAGGAAGGUUAAAAAAAAAGAAUUGUCCGCUUUUACUUUAAAUUACUUAUAGGUUUUGAUGUAUUAGAACUGUUUUUAAGCACAGUGCCUAACAAUAUGUUGCAUCAGCAGUGGAAUUUUAUUUUUAUAAGAAAUAUUUAAAUGGUAACUUAAUAUUUUGUUACUGCACUCUUUUAAUGUUAACAAGCACAUCUUUUUAUUUAAUUGUAACAUCUAAGGCUUGAAAAAUCCUUCUGCGUCUCAUUAUUUUUAUGAAUUAUGUAUGUAUUUGAAGUUAAACAGAUUAUGUUGGUAGGUAUAUUUUACUAGUUGAUGCUUUUGCUAGUUCCACACCAUCCUAUUGUGAAAGUAACACCAAUUUGCCUUUAAUAUAAAUCUUAAUGUUUAGUCUGUGGAUUUCAAUAAAUAUACUGUUAGUAAAUUGAAUAAAAUAUAUUGUGUACUUAGGUAGGUAUAUUAAUAUUUUGUCUAAUUGUACAUGAAUGUUAAUACAGGUCUGAUGAUUUGGAUUUCAUGAUUUUAAUUAUUAAUGUAAACAAACAUAUAUUUACAAAUCCACAAGUUAUGCAUGGAGAUUGCUUUGUAUGUGUUGAUUUUGAAUUCUGUGAAGCUAAGACACUGGCCUGUGCCUGUGCAAAUUGAGAGAUGUCUCAUACAAAUUUCUUACAUUCAAAGCUCACUCCACACAUACCUUGUGGCCAUAAAUGUAUUUUAAGGCCUCUAGUUUGCUUCAAAUUUUAAAUAUUCGAUGUUUAAGCAAAUAGGUGUUCUAUAGGAUGGGAUAAAAUAGAAUACCCAAUACUUCCCAUGAUUAGGUAACAGGGUUUGUAUGUGUUAAAAUAUCUUUGCACCUAUUACGAAUCUGUCUACCUAAUAAUUC